AUGAUGGAAGGGAAAGGUGUUUAUAGAUGGUCAAAUGGUGCACAAUACAAAGGAGACUUUGAACAAAAUCGAAUGCAUGGGAAAGGUUUAUUAGAAUGGAACAAUAAUUGUUGGUACGAGGGAGAUUUUGUAAAUGGUUAUCGACAUGGUAGAGGAAUCAUGGUAGAUGGAGAAAAUCGCUAUAUGUAUACUGGCAUAUGGUACAUGGGUCAGCGGCACGGAAAAGGGUACUGUCGUUAUGGUGAUAAUAGUUCGUACGAUGGUGAUUGGGUAAUGGACAAAAUGCAUGGAAUUGGAUUACGAACUUAUACAAAGGGUAGUUAUUACGGUCAAUGGAAGAAUGGACUUCGUGAUGGUAGAGGAACGAUGGUUUGGACCAAUGGCAAUGUUUAUCGCGGGGAAUGGAAAUGUGGUGCGAUGCAUGGUUAUGGAGAAUAUGUAUGGAAUGCAUUCUUCAAUAAAACUUUAACUUGGCCACAAGAAGCUCUUUAUGUUGGUAAUUGGCGGAAUGGAAUGCGUAAUGGCGAAGGAGAGUUAAAAUUAAGUGCAGUCGGUGGUGCUAAAUAUUUUGGGCAUUGGAAGGAUAAUAAGAAACAUGGUUAUGGAGUUAUAAUUGGAAGCAACGGGGAAAAAUUUGAAUCUAAUCCAUUAUUUUUAAACGAUGUAUUAUGUACAUCUAAUGUUGAAAAUAAUGAUUUAAAUAAUGAAUUAGAGGAUAAGGAUGAAAUAAAAUGUGUACGCGUAAUCAAAGAAAUGAAACCACAAUUUCUUGACAGACCAACUCAAUUAGAGAAAGCUCCCAUAAUUCCUAUUUUAAAACCAGAACAAUUUCCAUCAUUAUCUUAUUAUAUAACUCGUUUAUUUGACCCAGAAAGUCUAGAAGUACAUCCAUUAUUACCAAUUCUAUCUGGAAAAUGUUAUAGUUGUGAAAAUGAAUCUUGCACCUGUUUGGCAGUGAAGUCAAUUGAUGAAAAUGAUAAAGAAGCGACAGAUAUUGUUGAACAAGAAACAAAUGUUUCUGAAUUUACUGUAAAUAAUAUAAAGAAAUCUGAUUGGGAAUAUGAAGAACGAUGGACACAUAAUUAUUUAAUAUUACAUAUGGCUCGCUUACGAGAAAUUUAUAAUAAUUAUGCAAAAUUGUUUACAAAUUCAGCGCCGCAAUGCGAUAUUGCAAUGAGCAGAUUGUGUUUAUGGCAAUUAUGGAGUGAUUGUGGUAUUCAUAAGAAAGGAUUGAGUUUAAUUGAAAUUGAUAAUUAUAUUGCAAAGAAUAAAACCACCUGUGUACAAAAUCCACAUCAUCCAUUCGAAAAAAUUGAAAUUUGGCAAUAUUUGCAUGCGCUGUUAGAAGUCUCGUGGCACUUGUAUACGAAAUUCAGUGAUAUAGAAACAGAGGAAAUUAAUGGGAAACUUGCUGGUGGUUUGCAUAAUUUCUUGAAAAAUGAUAUAUAUCCACAUACUGGUAAUCAUAUUGGAAGUUUAUGUCAAGAGAAUCAAGAUUUAUUGCCUAUAUAUGCCGUCUUUAAAUUAUGUAAACGAAUUGGAUAUCCAUUUUCUAUGAAAGAUCUUCUUCAAACUAUGUGUGUUUUAAAUGAUACAACUGAUCCACAACCUUCCAUAACUACAGAAACUAUUAAAAGCUUAUCAAAUGGUGUUAACUGUACAAUAAUAGGUGAAAAAAUCAAUUAUUUACUUAAAUCUGAUGACAUUUUUAUGCAAUCACACUGUACAAUCCAAGUUUCAAGAAAUAAUAAAAAUGAUCACCUGUGUACGUAUAACAUAUUUUGUAAAUUUAAUUAUAAUAAUAUUAUUGCAUAUUGGCUUUUGUAAAUUUGUAUUAUUUCAUUUAUUUUAAUAAUUGAAUUUUUAGCCCAUGGAUUAUCGGUGUUCGGAGAACUGGGACCUUCGAAAUUGUUAGAAAUUAUGGUAUUAAUAUGCCCUGCAAUUAAAGAUAUAGAAACUGAUAUGAUUAUUAAUAUGGAUUAUGAGGUAUUGUUUUAUUAUUCAAACUUACUAAGCUUUUAAUGGUUAAAAAAUAAAUGAAUUGAGCAACGAAUAUUCAAAGAGUUUGCGAAAAUUCUAUAUUUUUAAACUCAAUCAUUUGUCACUGAGACAGAUACAGCACACUUUACAGACAUUACGUAUAAUUUACAAUGUGAAAAAUCGGAUACUAUUAACAUUGCAGUUGACGUUUCUCGAGUUUUAUGAAAUAAUUCUGGAGGCAACGAAACAAUUACUCGUUAAGAAAAAAUUGCAAAUGAAGGAACGUGAAACAGAAGACGCAUCGUCGCAAAAAAAUAAUAAUUUGCAGAAAAUAGAAAAUUUUACAACGAUAAAACGAUCUUCGGUUAGGAAAAGUUUUAAAAUUAAUAAAAACAAAACAUAAAUAUCAUUUCUUUUUGAAUAACUUAAUUCGAUUCGGAUUCACUUUUCUGUCUAAAAUACAAUAUAUGUAUACGCGUUACUUCUGGUCCAUCACGUUACCGCCCUCAUUUUCCUUAUCCUUCAUAGGAAUUUUUAAAUAUCAUAAUAAUAAAGUAUUUUAUAAAAUUAGCAUCUUUACAUUAAAUCGUUCAAAGGAGAACAUAACUUAAGACUGUCCUGUAUUUUUUCUUUUUUAUGUAACGAUUUUGAUAAAUUGAAUAUUAUUACCAGAAAAUUGAAUUCAACAUUUUGCGAGCAACAACGGUGAUGCAACUUUGAAAGAUUUACAUACAAAAGUAUAAAAUCCCACUUUAGUCCGCUAAAUUGUAGCGUAUGUAAAGUAUAUAUACAGAAUACGUACAUUCGCGAAUUUGUGGGUAAGAUGAACAAUGUAAUUGUCAGAAAAAUUAAAAAUUAAAAGAUUAUGAACGAAGACGCUUUAAUGAUAGAUCUAGAAGCAUCGCGUCGUUAUGGUUUAGCCAACAAUUGUUAUAAUUAUGUAAUUCUAAAGUAUAAAUAUAUAAUUACAGUAUAAAACAGUGGUAUACACUGUUGUAAUACCUGAUACGAAUAAUAUGUUUCCGCUGAAAAGUAAUAGUACGAUAAAAAGAUACCA